AUUUGUGAAGUCUGUGUAAACUUAGAUUCUAGGCCAUGGGUAUUGAUCCAAACAUCGCUUUAUCAACAAAAUAUUCGUUAUCUUAUUGGAUAAAGGUGUUAUCUUGACGGAACGUAGAUAACUUCACUUAGUUGUAACACGACUCUUUGAAAAUAUAUACUUAAAUUUUAAUUUUUGAGCCAGGUAUCGCAAAAUAAUUAGAAACCAUAAAACAAUAUAAUAUAAAAGUGAAAGUAGUGAUAAAUAUUUAGGUUGCAUCGCCAAUUAAAAUAUCAACAAAUCAAAUAAAUGAAACUAUUCUUUGAUAAAGUCCUCAGGUAUAUCUGAUAACAAUUUGCAAUCACAUGGGUUAGUUACACUUUGAAAAUGAAAUAAUUAAGUAAACAAAAGAAUUCUAACACAGUGGUGUUGUGUGAAAAAUAGCGUAAAAAUGGAUAACGUCCAAUACGAAAGGAGAGAAAGUAAGGGGCGCGCUUUUGAAAGAUCAUUUAGCUACUCCGCUGCAAUCGGCAAUUUAUCGGGAAGAUCGUCAAUAGAAAUACCAACUAUGACAAACACUGAAGUUUACACCAACGAAGAUUUAAAAAAAUAUAGAAUUUCGCAAACUUACGUCGAAGGUAAAGAAAUUGCAUUUCCUUUCAUUGUAACAAAUGUAGAUACUGAAAAUAGUGACGCGACGAAACAUGACAAAGAAUACGGCUCGCAAUACUCGAGUGAAGAUGAGAAUAGAGAUGAGGGCCUCGUAAUGACAAUUGAUAUUGAAACAGAGUCUCCCAAAAGCUCUGAAAAAAGAAAUAUAUCAGAUGCAUCCACACAACCUGUGGUUGGUUCUGUUAAUUCUACUGACAUUUACGAUACUAUUGAAAUGGCUGAAAGUAUUGAAAAUGACACUGAUACAAUGCCGACCGUAUAUGAUUAUACUUCACAGUACACUAAAAGGCGUAAAAAAAGUAAGAGAACUAGACGUCAGCCUGGUCGUCCCAUUCGAUCUAGAAGAGUGGUUUACAAAAGCGGCGAAGAAAAUGUUCCUGUAAGGAGCAAUAUACCAGCCAAAUCCAUGAAAUACAUGAGAGACAUUGUUAAUACUGUGAUAAACAGUAAAUGGCGGUUCAUAAUAUUGAUGAUGGUCUGUUCUUACUUUUUAUUCUGGUUCCUCUUUGCGGGGAUCUGGUAUGCAGUGACCUCCUCCUACAAGGAUGACAUCGGUGACGGGAAGGAUCACUGUGUCACGGGCACUUCCUCGUUUGCUGGUCUGCUUAUGAUGGCAGUAGAGACGCAGAUGACAAUUGGUUAUGGAGUAAGAUAUCCUAACGAAGAAUGUCCUGAAGCGAUAAUUGUUAUGGUGUUUGAGAUAAUAGCAGGAACGGCAUUGUCAGGUGGUCUAGCUGGCUUGCUGUUCACAAAGAUGGUGCGACCCAACAGGCAAGGUGCGACCAUUGGUUUCAGUAAGAAAGCCACUGUCUGUCUCCGAGAUGGUGAACUAUGUCUUCAAUUCAGAGUAUGGGACUUAUUGAAUGUCCAUUUAAUUGGAAGCACUAUCACUGCAUACAUGCUGAAGCCAAUCAGAACACUAGAAGGAGAAAAAGUGCAGAACUACAUUCAUCAACUGGAACUAAAGGAAGGGCGUGCAUUUUUGCUUUGGCCCAUUACUGUAGUGCAUGUAAUAAAUCAUAAAAGUCCUCUUUAUGAUCUAUCAGCACAAGAUAUGAUGGACUUUAGAUUUGAGAUAGUGGUUUGUCUAACCGGCUCAUCAAAAAACAUGGGAACAGUGACCCAAAGCAGGACGUCCUACCUCUCCAAGGAAAUCAUUUGGGGAUAUAGAUUCAAAAACGUAUUACACUGGUCGAAGAAACACGAAGCAUACACCAUCGACGUUGAGAACCUGGACUCGGUAGAGCAAGUCGAAACACCACUUUGCAGCGCUUGCCAGUUGAAAGAGUUCGAAGAGGACAUCAAGUCUUCAGCACAGCUCUUAUCCAGCCCCACUAAUUUAUCCUUCACACGCAUAUCUUUGAAUCAAGAGGAUACGUCUACUUUCUCCCGAGCUGGUGAAUCAGUACCAUCUAGUCCAACAACCAAUAUGAAUUCGACCCGAAGAAGUUUUGGAUGGCGUUUUAGAAGAUUUUUUCCAGAAAGAUAUAUGGAAAGUCAAAACAGGGGGUUAGUAAAGGCGAGUGAAUUAUAGAUUACAGAAAAACUCACAUGAAUGAAAAUGUACUUAGUCGAUUGCGGAGGUUAACAAAAUAAGUAAAGUCAAAGUCAAAAUCAU